GCAAAUGUUACAAAAAAAGCAAGUCACGUAAAAGGAAACAAAGAGGUGUUCGAAGAAACUAGAAAACUAGUUUCACCAAUAUUUUGGAGAUGAUGGAUUAUCAGUAUAUUCUGGGAGUGAUUCUGGCUGGUAGUUUGGCAUUUGUGUAUGUUGUGUACAGUUUUGGAGCAAGGAAGAAGGUGAAGUACACAGAUUCAAGUUCAAUACAUGUAAAAAGUAAUGAAUGUGCAAAGACAUCAGAGAAUGGAAAAUGUUCAUAUGAAGCUGCAGGAAGUGCUGACAUCAUCAUUGUGGGUGCUGGGGUUGCUGGUGCAGCUCUUGCUUACACGCUUGGAAAGGAUGGACGGCGAGUCCAUGUGAUUGAAAGGGAUUUGAGUGAACCUGACAGGAUUGUGGGUGAAUUGCUACAACCUGGUGGCUAUCUGAAAUUAAUUGAGUUGGGUCUUCAGGAUUGUGUGCAUGAAAUUGAUGCUCAGCAAGUCUUUGGCUAUGCUCUGUAUAAGGAUGGAAAAAAUACUAAGCUGUCUUAUCCCUUGGAAAAUUUUGACUCUGAUGUUUCUGGGAGAAGCUUUCAUAAUGGCCGUUUCAUACAGAGAAUGCGAGAAAAGGCUUCAUCUCUUCCAAGUGUAAAGUUAGAACAAGGAACUGUCACAUCUCUACUUGAAGAUAAUGGAAUCAUCACUGGGGUGCAUUACAAAACCAAAAGUGGACAAGAGUUCACAGCAAAGGCUCCCCUUACUAUAGUAUGUGAUGGUUGUUUUUCCAACUUGAGGCGUUCUCUUUGCAAUCCUAAGGUUGAAGUACCCUCCCAUUUUGUUGGUCUGGUCUUGGAGAAUUGUAAUCUUCCAUAUGCAAAUCAUGGACAUGUCAUCUUAGGUGAUCCUUCACCCAUUUUGUUUUAUCCCAUCAGUAGCACUGAGAUUCGCUGUUUGGUUGAUGUUCCUGGACAAAAGCUACCUUCCCUUGGUAGUGGUGAAAUGGCCCGUUACUUGAAAACUGUGGUAGCUCCCCAGGUUCCUCUAGAGCUGUAUGCUUCUUUUAUAGCAGCUGUUGACAAAGGAAAUAUAAGAACCAUGCCAAAUAGAAGCAUGCCUGCCUCACCAUAUCCCACACCUGGCGCACUUCUAAUGGGAGAUGCCUUCAAUAUGCGUCACCCUUUAACCGGAGGAGGAAUGACUGUGGCUUUAUCCGACAUUGUUGUGCUAAGGGAUCUUCUUAAACCUCUUCAUGAUCUGCAUGAUGCUUCUGCUCUUUGCAGAUACCUUGAAUCAUUCUAUACCCUACGCAAGCCAGUAGCAUCUACUAUUAACACACUAGCUGGGGCAUUGUACAAAGUGUUCUGUGCAUCUCCUGAUCCAGCAAGAAAGGAAAUGCGCCAAGCAUGUUUUGAUUACUUGAGCCUUGGAGGGGUUUUCUCAAAUGGACCAAUAGCUCUACUGUCUGGUCUAAAUCCUCGUCCAUUGAGUUUGGUUCUCCAUUUCUUCGCAGUGGCUAUAUAUGGUGUUGGCCGUUUGCUGAUACCAUUUCCUUCUCCAAAACGGAUGUGGAUUGGAGCUAGAUUGAUUUCAGGUGCAUCAGGCAUCAUUUUCCCCAUUAUUAAGGCUGAAGGAGUAAGACAAAUGUUCUUCCCAGCAACUGUGCCAGCAUAUUACAGGGCCCCUCCUGUCCAUUGAACACACAUGAAGGAAAGGCUUGGAAUAUAUAAUAGUUCCAUUUUCCCACAUUCUUUUUUCCUCUAGUAUUCCACUAUCUGUCAAAAGAAUAAGAGAGGGGACUCAUUUUGUGCAAUUGCAACCAAUAUUGUUGUAUAAAAUUAAAAAAAACAAAACAAAACAAAAAAAAUUGAAUUUGGGACCGAAGAAAGAAGUCCCCAAAACCAAUCUUCCAAGCAUUAGAUUUAGUGUUAAAAAAAUGCUAUGUAUUGUCUUCAAUGCAAGUUGGUGAUAUUUGGCUA